AUGAAUGUCACGGAAGUGUAUAAUAUAUUUACGCACACGUUUGAAUAUAGCACCUCCGAUGGAAGCGAACAUACUUAUGUCUCGAACGAGUACAUAAUUGCAACAAUUGUAACCAUAAUGAUGUGUUUGUUGCUGCUCAUAUUGCUGUUCAUCGAGAAGCAGCGUAACUUUCCACCAAAACCGUUUGCUUAUGCACUGGCCGCAUUGAUGGUAAUGUUCAAUUGGAUGGUUGGUGUUUUUUGGAGUUGUUGUACUUCAGCUAUU